AUGCCUCCGGAUCCAAAAGACGCCCCGUUUCCUAUGAAGCAGCUCAUCAUCAUCGGAAUAUGCCGAUUCUCCGAGCCUCUUGCUUUCAACUCCAUCCUGGCCUACUCGUCAGUAAUGGUCCAGGAUCUUGGCAUUGGUAGGAGAGAUGCCUCUUUGUAUGCCGGUCUGCUGGUUUCCGCCUACGCCAUUGCAGAAGCCCUCACGGCGCCGUUGUGGGGAAUGAUCUCUGAUGUCUACGGUCGCAAGCCCGUUGCCCUCAUUGGCCUGCUCGGCGUCGCCCUUUCCAGCCUCGUUUUUGGUUUUGCCCAGGUGUACUGGGUCGCCCUCCUUGCGCGUUUUGUCGGCGGUGCACUGAACGGAAAUGUCGCAAUCAUGCAAACUAUGGUAGCGGAAAUGGUUAAGAACCCAGCCCACGAGCCCCGCGCAUAUGCUACUCAACCCUUUGUGUGGACCCUGGGUGGCAUCAUCGGUUCGGCAAUGGGUGGUUUUCUGGCACAGCCAGCCGUCUACUACCCCAACGUCUUCGACAAGGAUGGCCUCUUUGGACGCUACCCGUACCUCCUGCCCAACAUGGUUGCAGCCGGUGGAAUAACUCUUGCCAUUAUCCAGGGUAUGCUCUUUUUGGAGGAGACUCUUGUUCGUGAAGAAAAGCCAGAGGGCGAAAACGGCAUUGCGGACCACCACGACUACCAUGACCACCUGGACACGAUCAACGAGACGCCCGCAAACGAGAGGAGUCGUCUUCUUCCGCCCCCAGCAAACCACGUGAACCGCGACCGCGACACUCGAGGCUCAACUGCUGGUUCUAUGCGACACCGUGCCUCCAUUGCCAGCUUUACCCGCGAUCGAUUGGCCUCGAUAUCCGUUUCAGGCAGCAUGCGACACAUUCGAAAACGUGCUUCUUUCCUAGAGGAGGGUAUGCCCAUGCCGUUCGACCAGCGAUUCGAUAUCCGCCGCUCUUCUUUCGGAACCAUGCAUUCGAUUAAAAUCCAGCAGGACGUACUACCCAUCCGCGGCGGACCUACCCCAAAGCCUCGGAAGACGUUCAACCAAACCGUCCUCAUGAUCAUCCUCGCCAUGUCCAUCUUUGCUUUCCAUCAAAUGGCCUUCAUCUCCAUUCUCCCAGUAUACGUUCUCGACCCGCCGACUUCGACAGGCCUGGACUUCAAGGGUGGUCUCGGCAUGGACCUGCACGAUGUGGGUACAUUCCUUACUAUCAACGGAUUCAUCACGCUUUUUGUCCAGGGCUUCAUCUUCCCUAUUUUCGUCGAAUGGGCCGGCGUCUGGAACUCGUUCAUCUGGAUGAUUAUUCUCUACCCGACUACGUAUCUCAUCGUCCCCUUUAUCAGCGCCCUCCCUACGGAAUUUGAGACUGCCGGCAUUUACGUUUCGCUGUUUCUACAGGCCUUCUUUGCCAUCAUCGUAUUCCCUUGCGCUCUGAUUCUCAUGAAGAAUGCGAUUCCUUCGCCGCUCGUCCUCGGCCGCGUCAACGGUCUGGCCAUGUCCGCCUGUUGUUUGGCGAGGACGAUUUCCUCUCCUAUGAUCGGUCUCGUUUACUCGCUCGGAGGCUCUGCCGCAGCUUGGUUUGGUCUCGCUGCUGUAGCCAUCUUUGGUGUGAUGCAGUUGAUCUGGGUGCCCAAGGAGGACGUUGGCGCGGUCCAAAUCGACAACGGCCUCAAAAAGGUCAUGCAUCACGACAUGGACGAAGACGCUGUAGAUGACAUUUCCAUCAUCGAGUCUGUACGAUAA